AAGAGCGCCCAUAAACGCUGGCCCGGGGCCACCCGCAGGAAGGCUGGCAGGCCCCACCGGCCGGAGCGAAGGCUGAGGCCCCAGCGCUCGGCAUGUGGCGGGGCGUGUGCCCGGCGGCCCCCUGCUCGGUGCUGCCCGCCAUCGAGUUCCCUGAAGAGAACCCGGAGCCGCGCUUUGAUGAAUCAGAUGUGCCGGCGGAGCUGCGAAUUGCAAAUGGGUCCCAACAGUUUGUCAAUUUCACUUCCACCAUUCAAAAUCAGCUGCUGCUCGUGUCACUUCUGGAACAUCUCUGCCACAUGUACACACGCAACCCUGUUCGUUCACGGUGCUUGUUCCGAAUACUCCGUCAGGCUUUCACAAGAACAGGGUUGCUCUCCCCUUUUGCCUUCUGUGAUGAGUUUAGUACUGUAAGACUGCAGCAUAAUAGAGCCAUUACUGAACUAAUGAAAGCAGCCGAUCGACAAAUCCUGCAUGGGGAACUUGAUAAUGGAGAUUCUCAUGCAAUUGGGGAGACAGAGGUACUCUUUGAAGGACAAACUUCACGCUACUUGAAUGAAUUCGAUCAAAUCGCAACCCUAGGGAAAGGAGGAUAUGGAAAAGUAUACAAGGUCAGAAACAAGUUAGAUGGUCAGUUCUAUGCUAUUAAGAAAAUUAACAUUAAGAAGGCUACAAGAAGAGAUUGCAUGAAGGUGCUACGAGAAGUUAAAGUGUUGGCUGGGCUGCAGCAUCCUAACAUUGUAGGUUAUCAUACUGCUUGGAUGGAGCAAGUUCAAACAGUACGUCCAAAAGGUAAAACAGUAAUGGAGCUGCAGCCAUUAUGCCUGGAGCAACCAAGCAGCAAUGACCACUGUCACAUUCAGAGUGUGGAAAGCGGUAGUUCAAUUAUCUUUGCUGACCUUACUUCACAGGAGAAGAAGUCCUAUGACAGUACCAGUCAUAGAAAUGGUAGUGAAUCAGUGCAGAACAUGGAUCUAAGGAAUGAUUUUAUGAACAGCAGUAGUAAAGAAUGCAUGAAACCAAAUAAAUGUGAAUUAUCCAUAGGAUUAAAAAAAGACUCUUUAAGUAGUGGUAGCAGUAGAUCAGCUGAUGUGAAAAAUCAUUCAGCACGUGGACCUCAUUCUAAUCUGGAUCAAGAAGACAGUACUGACAGUAGUUCCUGCACUGAAGAACACUCCAGGAAUGAUGUAGCUCUCUGUGGAGAGUUUGAGGUGGAAUAUCGUUUGAUGCUUCACAUACAAAUGCAGCUGUGUGAACUAUCCUUGUGGGACUGGAUUGCUGACCGGAAUAAAAGAUGCAGUGAGAGAACAGAGGAAAUUUCCAAUCCAUAUCACCUUGUGGAUGUCAGCUGGACAGUGAAAAUUUUUCAGGAGCUGGUAGAAGGAGUCUGCUAUAUCCACAGCAUGGGAGUGAUGCAUCGAGACAUUAAGCCCAGAAACAUCUUUCUGUACGGAUCAGAUCAUCGUGUAAAAAUAGGAGACUUCGGAUUAGCCUGCAAAGACCUUCUGUGGCAUGAUGCAGACCAGUGGUUUAAGGCAGAAAGGGUAAAUGGACUGACACAUACUUCAGGAGUGGGGACUUGCCUCUAUGCCUCACCAGAACAGCUGCGGGGAUCUCACUAUGAUUUCAAGUCAGACAUGUACAGCAUGGGCGUUAUCCUGCUAGAACUCUUCCAGCCGUUUGGAACAGAAAUGGAAAGAACAGCAGUUCUGACACAGUUAAGGAAUGGCCAAAUUCCUCACACUUUCUACAAAACGUGGCCUAUCCAAGCCAAGUAUGUUAAACUUCUCACCAGCCAAAGCUCCACAGAAAGACCAACUGCUGCUCAGCUUCGUGACAGUGAACUAUUCCAUACCCCAGAACACGUUAUUUCCAGCCUACAAGAAAAGGUGAGGCAGCAGGAGGAAGAAAUAGAGAAACUCCGAGAGAGAAUAAGAUUACUUUCGGAAGGACGAGAUGAACACCUGAGACUGGGUUCUUCUGUUUAAGUACAGGAAGAAUCAACCUCAGUUGUAUACUAAGUUAUAUAAAAUUAUUCCCUUUUUUUAUUACAUAAAAAUAUUUAAACUCA